AUGCCCGUGGCUGUCGAGUGUAUGACAUCGGUUACCAUCUCACAGACUGCCGUCAUGGAUCCCUCCGCUGCCGACAAGAAGCGCAACAAGCUGGGCUAUCAUCGAACCUCUGUCGCGUGUGUCCACUGCCGACGGCGCAAAAUCCGGUGUCUCGUUGCGGCGGACGACCCGCAAGGGCGAUGCGAAAACUGCAUCCGACUGCGCAAGGAGUGUCAGUUCUUCCCCGUGGAUCAGCAGCCGCCUAUUGAGAAGAAGUCUCGUCCGAGUUCGCGCAUAGAGACCAUCUCGGCGGACCCGUCGACGGCUUCGUCGUCACCCCCCACCAUCACGGGGGAGCAGCCGGAGGCUUUCUAUCCUUAUCAGUCCAUCCCACUGAGCACCGGCCAAGAGGUACCAGCCUUCAGCGCGGGGGCCUACCCAGGCACCCCAAUGGCACCAUUUGCGCCAGAUGCGACAGGCCCAAUGGACCCCUCCGUGCCCUGGGACGAGUUCACAACGAUCACUCAAGAUCAGCAGCAGAUGCUAGCGACCAUGGCUGCAGCGGGGAAACCGCAAAUGGUCAACAUGCACCCGAACGUCUGGAGCCAACCUGCAACACCGAUAGCCCCGAUGCCCGGAAACCCCACGCUACCAGGUCCGCCAACGGUACCCUCACAACAGCAACCACUCAGCCCGACAUCACCAUACACAGUGCAGGCAGACGGGUCCGUGUGGCAGAUGACCCCCACACGCUCGAUGACGUUCCCCGCACACGCGCAACCGAACAUGGCCGUGCCCUACCCGAGUCCCGGUGGAUUCGCCCAGCCGAUACCUCCUGAUCUGAAGCGCAGAAUGACGAGUCCCGGACACGGCUAUCCACCCGGCGCGCUGAACCCGCAAAGUCCCCCUGCAACCGACCUUCAGGGCACGCCUGUCGCAGUCACAUACCCUGGUCAGCCGUCGCCUAUGGGCUAUCCCUCGUGGCAGGACGUGAACGGGCUCUCGCCGGUGAACAUGGUUCCGUACCCCUUGUACGCAGGAGACGCAGCGCAGCAGCAGGCCGCGUACGGAAGUCCUCCAAUGAGCCACCCGGGUCCAGGACACCAGGGGCCAUAA